GUGAAACCACCCGCGUUGAAGAAGCGCAGUGACUCGGUUGAAAGGUGCUGUGGUUUCGUUUUGGUUCCGGUGUGUGUGUGUGUGUGUGUUUGUGUGUGUUUUUGUGCAGUCAGCGCUAUGGAGGAGGGCAGUGGCAGUGAGCAGGCUCGCUCAGACACCAUCGUGGUUCACGACUUCUCCGAGAAGCUGCUGGAGCAGAUGGUGCACUUCCACGUGAUGAAGCUCAGCGGCGGGUUCUUCCUCUGGGUCGGAACCGGUCCUGUGCUGUCCAACCUGGCGGUGUCCAUGGACAGCAGAUUCGACUCCAUGCCCCUGUCUACGUUGAUACUGGGGGAUUCAUCAGACACAACACCAACUUCCCUAGCUCAGAGACUGACGAAGAAAACCAAGAAGCAGGUGUUUGUGAGUUAUAACCUUCCAGUGACGGAUUCCAAUCUAACAAUGUUGGUGGAGAACCGAAUAAAGAAGGAGAUGGAGCUACAUCCAGACAAAUUUUAAAUUUUCAUUGAUGUAUACUUUUUUAAAUACCUUUUUGUGCUUUUGUACAUAGUCAAACUAAUAAAGGAUGACAAAAUA